CACAAUCUCGCGAGAUGAGACCUGAUGCUACUGUAUUCCGGAUGAGCUGGCCGUCAGCUGCAAAGGAGAUAGUAAUUUCAACGGCGAUCCGGGACAUUUUACGCAACAACCCAGGGCUGCGAGUUGUGUUAUGAAAAUCUGGAGUGUCCCGCAGCAGGCGGUUGCAUCUUUCUUGGAAUGACGGAGAAUCGACAGCGAGAGGUUGCUGCAGAGCCAGUGCCAGAAGAUGCACCCAGGGAGUCUUUAGGUAUACCAAACAACAUCUCUGAUGAGGAUGCCUUCAGAAUCCUAUGGGAAUUGAAAAUGAAGAAAAGACAGAAGCGCCCAUCUCUUCCAGAUACUGUGACAGAAUUUACUACUGAAGAAGGGAGCAAAGUCUAUAUUGUAGGCACUGCCCACUUUAGCGACAGCAGCAAACAAGAUGUGGUUAAGACCAUCCAAGAAGUCCAGCCAGAUGUUGUUGUAGUUGAACUUUGCCAGUAUAGAGUAUCCAUGUUAAAGAUGGAUGAAGAAACACUGCUUAAAGAAGCUAAAGAAAUCAACCUGGAAAAACUUCAUCAAGCGAUUAAACAGAAUGGCGUCAUGUCUGGUCUCAUGCAGAUUCUCCUGCUGAAGGUGUCUGCUCACAUCACGGAACAAUUGGGAAUGGCCCCUGGUGGGGAAUUCCGAGAGGCUUUCAAAGAAGCAAGUAAAGUUCCUUUCUGCAAAUUCCACUUGGGUGACAGACCUAUUCCAGUAACAUUUAAGAGAGCCAUAGCUGCACUAUCAAUAUGGCAAAAGAUGAAACUUGCUUGGGGAUUGUGUUCUCUAUCUGAUCCUAUCAGUGAGGAUGAUGUUGAAAAAUGUAAGCAGAAGGACUUGCUGGAACAGAUGAUGGCAGAAAUGAUAGGGGAAUUUCCUGACCUCCAUCGUACUAUAGUCUCAGAGAGAGAUAUUUAUCUCGCCUACAUGCUAAAGCAAGCUGCUAGACCAACUGAACUACCUCGUGCCUCAGAAACUGAACCAAGAAAAAGUAUCCCGUCUGUUGUUGUUGGAGUAGUUGGAAUGGGACAUGUGCCUGGAAUAGAGAGGAACUGGGAUCGUGAAUUAAACAUCCAGGAAAUUAUGAGUAUACCUCCACCAUCAACAUUGAGCAAGGCUGUUGCAUUUGCUGCAAAGCUUACCUUUUUUGGCCUUCUUGGUUACAGUUGUUACUGUAUUAGCAAAAGGACUGUGCGAAUUAUACUCUCCGUGCCAGCUACACAGUAUUGCCUUCGAAGACUCAACCAAAUGGGCCACUGAAAUAAGGGUGUCGCUUCUGACAGAUCUCCUAUGACCUGAGGAAAAGGUGGUAGUGAAAAAUGAGCUGCACUAAUAUUUGUUGCAGGACCGUGGUUUACAGGUCAUUUUUUAAAUUGACUGUUUCUAUUCUCCACCAGCUCGGUCCUGCAGUUUACAUUUAAACGUAUGUUGACUAUUUGUUUAUGUAAAUGGUCUACAUGGUCCAAAAGGUACAGUAUGUGGUUAACUGAUAUAAAAGUAUUCAGUUGUGCUUUUACCAAAUUAUCCUAAAACAAUUGAUUUGCUCAUGCUCACACUAAACCUGUGACAUCCAUAUAUAUUCCUCUGGAUCAACUGGCAGUUAGGCAGGUUAAAAAAAAAGUCAAAAGGUUGAAUUUGAUGGACAUGUGUCUUUUUCCAACCUAACUUACUGUUACUAUGUUACAUAUGUAGUGUCAGAUUUGCUUAAUUACUAGGCAGGUUCAGCUUAGGCAGUAGCUUUAUUUAAACUUAAUGAACUGUAUUAAACCAAAAAUUUUCUUUUUUGAUGA